UCCUAUCACAGUGCAUUCUAACUAAACCCGGAUGUCCAUUACAUCCUCCGCAAAUACGCGGAGGCUGGCGCUAGUUAGGAUAGAAGCCAAGUACAGAAUUGCACAAUGUGCAAAUAGUUUCCUCUGGAAAUGGUAACAGAACAUAUGAAAAAAAAGAGAGGUGUUUUACAUUAGAUGAUUAUCCCCCAUUUCUCGGUGUAGCUAGGACGAUGGAGCACAUUUUAACGCCUAAGGUGGAAGAAGUUCAAUUGUUGGAUCGAUACACUGCAAAGAAGCCAGCCAUUGGCACACUCUAUCUAACAGCGACCCACCUCAUAUUUGUAGAGACAUCAUGUAACACUCGCAAGGAAACCUGGAUUAUACACCAUCACAUUGCCACAGUAGAGAAACUCCCUCUUACAGGCACAGGAUACCCACUUAAUAUUUCCUGCAAAAACUUCCAUGUGGUACAUUUUGUCAUUCCCAGUGAGAGGUACUGCCAAGAUGUGUAUCACUCUCUGCUCAGACUCUCCCAACCAGCAAAACUGGAAGAUUUGUUUGCUUUUCUCUACAACCCGAAACAAGAUGAAGAUGACAGAAGAAAUGGUUGGGGCUUUAUUGACUCAGCCAUGGAUUUCAAAAGAAUGGGAUUGCCAAAUGAGUUUUGGGAACUGACAGACCUCAACAAGAACUAUGAGCUUUGUAGCACAUAUCACUCAGAACUGGGCAUUCCCAAAACUGCAAGGAAGGACACUGUCUUGGGGAGUGCCAAAUUCAGGAGCAGGGGACGCCUUCCUACUCUCUCCUACUACCACAAGGAAAGUAAUGGUGCCAUUUGCCGGUGUAGCCAGCCACUGUCUGGCAUUAGUGCUCGAUGUUUAGAAGAUGAGGAGAUGCUUCAGGCAAUCAGCCGGGCUAAUCCUAAUAGCACCUUCAUGUAUGUGGUGGAUACCAGGCCUAAGUUGAAUGCCAUGGCCAAUAGAGCUGCAGGCAAAGGAUACGAGAAUGCGGACAACUACUCCAACAUCCGCUUUCAGUUUGUGGGCAUUGAAAAUAUUCAUGUCAUGAGAAACAGUCUGCAGAAGCUUCUGGAAGUGUGUGCUAUGAAGUCUCCAACUAUGAGUGACUACUUGACGGGACUGGAGAAUUCAGGUUGGCUGCGCCACAUCAAGGCUGUGAUGGAUGCUGGAGUGUUUCUGGCUAAGGCUGUAGCUGACGAGAAGGCUAGUGUACUUGUUCACUGUUCAGAUGGCUGGGAUCGGACAGCUCAGGUUUGCUCUCUGGCCAGCAUUCUUUUAGACAACUUCUAUCGGACUAUCAAAGGACUUAUGGUUUUGAUAGAAAAAGAAUGGAUAUCGAUGGGUCAUAAAUUCACGCAAAGGUGUGGGCAUGUGGAUGGGGACCCAAAGGAAGUGUCACCUGUAUUCACCCAAUUCCUCGAGUGUGUCUGGAAUCUCAUGGAGCAGUACCCCUGUGGCUUUGAGUACAACGAGAAGUACCUUUUAGAAAUCCACAACCAUGUUUACUCCUGCCAGUUUGGAAACUUUAUUGGCAACUGUCAAAGGGAGCGUGAGGAGAUGCGGCUUAAGGAGAAGACCUUCUCUGUUUGGCCCUUUCUCUGGGAAAACCGUCAGCAGUACAUAAAUCCUCUGUACAAAUGCUCAUUAGGGAGAGAAGUUCUGAGGCCAAGCACUUUGCCAUUGAAUUUCAAGUUUUGGUGUGGCAUGUACAAUCAUUUUGACAAGGGCAUGCAGCCAAAGCAGUCCAUUCUUGAUCACCUGCUGACUAUAAUACAGAAAAGGGUAGAGGGUGAGAAGAAGAUGACAGAUUUCCAGAGAAAGUUGGCAGUCAUGGAUGGGGUUCUGGCUGAUGAAUGCACUCUAAAAAGCAGACCACCUGAACAAACCUUGAUGCCUCCAGUAUCAGUUGCCCACACAUCCAAAAAUAUGCAAAUAAAAGAGGAGACCAUUAUUCAAUUGGCACCUACUGCUGGGAGCAAGCAGAUUUAACCAGCAGCUUUGGAAAAUGGAGUUCCUACUACAAAGGACACAGUUGAUGCCAAAGAUGAGGUUUGAAUCAAUUAAGUCCUGUUGGACACUGGAUGUCUUCUCCAUGGGGAUCCAACUGUUAUUUGACUGAUGUUUUUUUUGUUACUAUAAUGAUACAUAUUUUAGCGUCCAUAUAAUUUUAAGAUUUGCACUUUUAGGAAAAGGUCAUUUCAAUGUUUAAUUUGGUAUGUAUAAUAUAUUUUUCAGGAAGACCAGUGUUUCUGCUAGGAUUUAUUUUAGCAGUGCUGGAGAAGUUUGAGCGGUGAGACCUAGGGGUUGUAAUUGGUGUGGCAUCUCACCAGACAUUUAUGAGUUCCUCCUCUGGGAUGCAGAGAGACAAUGUUGUUCUGAAUGAAAUUCUCAAUGAAAGCUUGUCAGCUAAAGCUUGUACUCGUUUUGACACUAUUGAUGCCUUUGUAAUGCUAUCUGAGUCACGAGCAUUGUAACAAAAUACGUUUGUGUGUACAGACCUUUUCCAGAUCAAAAUAUCUCACUUCCAGAACGUUUGCGAAUGUGUUGAUCACUUUCUUUGGCCCACUGACCAAAGGAUGUUAAAAAGACGUUUGUUAGGUGGAUAUCUCAGGUGUAUGUUUUUAUACACAGUUUAUGUUCAGCUAUAGAGUACAGGCUACUCUGAAAUUAACUUGUAUCAAAACUGAAUUCCUAUUCGCAAGAUCAGUGAUUAUGAUAAUCAACAGGGUGAAAUAUAACUUUAGUAUAUAUAUAUAUAUAUGUAAGAUAAAAAAAAACACCUAAUUCAAUAAUAAAUGUUAUUAAAGUAUUAACAUCUAUGCUGCAUCCUUUUGCAUUUUAAUAAGUUCAUUUAAAUUGAUUUCAGUUGAUGGUGUAAAAAAUAUAUACACCCCCUUCGAACUCUUUCACAAUUUGACAGAUCAGGGCCCUUUUUCACUUAUCAAAACACUGGCACACAAGUGGAUUUUUAGGUGGCGUGGAUGAUGAGACACCUAAUGCAUUACAGUGAACCAGUCUGAGAGCUGAUUGGCGCUUGUAUUUUGCCUAUGAGUGUGCUGUUGAACAUGUGAAAUGCACAUGCACAGGAGUGUUAAACUCUGAAUAUUUUGGUCCUGCACACAAAAAAACAGGAAGUGGAAUGCUGAUCUGUUUUUAUUAUUAUUUAUUGGAGUGGCUGUCACCACUUCUAACUUAAUAUACUGUAUUGUAAACACUGAAUACUUUUAAGGGUAAUUUUUGCAUCUACAAAUAUUUCACAAAGUCGUUUUUAGUAUGCUUAAGAAGCCAGCUCUAUUACAUAAAACAUUUUAAGGGUUGCUUUAUGAAUAGACAAAGUUAAUGAAAUACCCACAUAAGAAAUGCAAUGCACUGUAAAAGUAUGGGCCACAAUCUGAUUUUAUUUUAUGUUGUGCUUUUGAUUCCCAUACUGAAUUGUUGAGACAUUUAUUUGUAUUUCCUUAAUUGUGAGAACAUGCUACUAAAAUGAGAUCUUUGUAUAACUUAGAAUUUUGUAAAAAUGGGUAGACUACAAGCAACAUCAACUGAUCGGUUUGGGUGGAAUUGUAGCCUGACAAAAUAGCAAAAAAUGUCUACUUUUAAAGUAUGUCAGAGUAAUGAAGUUGCUGUACCAGAAAUUAGGCAUGUGUACGUUUUAAAGCAAUGGUCAAAAUUAUGUAUAAAUACACUGCUCAAAAAAUUAAAGGGAACACCUAAAUCACAC